AUGCCAGUGGUGUUCCGCAAGGGAGAGCUGUACAUCGGUGGCGUGAACAAGAACAUGUACAGUAAUCUGCCCAAACUGAUCGCGUCCCGGGACGGGUACCAGGGCUGCCUGGCCUCUGUGGACCUGAACGGGAGACUGCCCGACCUGAUCGCAGACGCCCUCCAUCGGGUGGGCGAGGUGAAACGAGGCUGUGACGGUCAGUUCUGA